UGCCUGCAGAGUUUUCCGUCCAGUGUCAGAGUAACAUCGUAAACCAGGACCACCUGACCGUGAAGUCCGAACUAAAUGGAAGCAGCAGAGAAAACUCUCACCUAUCGAGAUGACACCGGACUUCACAGCAACAAGCUGCUUAAACCGAUCAAAAAGGAGGACACCAGGGGUCAGGACACCGAGAAAAACAGCGACGAGUCAAACUAUGUGGAUCUGGACAUGAGACCCGACGGGCUGAAGACGGUGAAAGUGACUUUCACCGGAAAGGGGAACCAGCUGUCCGUGAGUAAAGGAGACAGCUCGAAGCAGGAUGAGAACAAAUCCACUUCAACCGAGUCCCUGUUGGACACCCCGACCCAGCUCCCCACCGCUGACCCGGAGUCAGAGAGCGAGAAGCAGGAGUUUGACUCCAGCGACUGCAGCGAGAGCGGCGAGCUGCGCUACACCGACAUGUGUCUGAACGGCAGGAGCGACUCCGAGCUGUCCGAGUCCCACUACAUCACCACGCAUGAGAUCCAGCUCACCGAGUUGGACCACGACGUGGACUACGACCUGGGCCGGGGGACGCGCUGGGAGUUCGAGGACGGCAACCUGGUCUACGCCUUUGUGGAUUACGCCUCUUUUGAGAGCGACGAGACCCAGGAGGGCACUCUGAUCCUGGAGGGCGGCCGGAGCCAGGCGAAGCCGCAGUCUAAUCUUAGCGGAGCGGCUGUCAGCACCGAGCAGGAGGAGAGCGAUCUGUGCGCCAGCUCUGAUGAGAGCCUGUGCAGAACACAGAGCGAGCAGUCAGCGGGGAAAAUCCACCUGUCCAUUAAAGCUUCCUCCAGGACGCUGAAUGACCCUGCAGACGUGUUUGACAAUAACGCGCAGUGGUUAUCUCCGAAACACAUCGGAGAUGGGAGCCAUUUCUCCUUUGUGAACCCUGGCGCCAGAGCGGGGCCCCUGUGUGAUAGGGGUCAAUAUUUCAUCCCAGCUCCGGGCCGUCAGCACCUCGCAACCAAGCUGAGACGGAAAGAUAUUAAUGAGUACUCCAGCGGAGCGUCUAGCUCCAUUAGUGAACUGGACGACGCUGAUAAAGAGGUGCGUAACCUAACCGCCAAGUCCUUCCGAAGCUUGGCAUGUCCCUACUUUGAUGCCAUCAAUCUCAGCACUUCCAGCGAGUCAUCCAUGUCGGAAUAUGGCCUAAAUAAGUGGUCAACGUAUGUGGACUGGAAUUAUGGAAAUAUCACGCAUAAUACCUCCAGUGCGACACUGGCAAUGAACAAGACUGUGGACAGCAGGGCGAAUAACAGGUGCAAAACUGGGAUUAAAGAUAAACAGACAAGAAUCUGUGCACUGAAUAAGAGAAUAACUUCACAGCAGACAUCUACUGGCAGAAAAUUCCAAAUGAAAGAGCAGUCGGCACAGCAAGGAGUUACCCUAAACUUUCAUUGUAAUGUGGAAUCCAGAACUCCCAUGAGCCCCAAGUGUUUUCAAAAGGACCGACCCAAUGAGGUGUUGGCAAGAUCAGGGUGUGAGAUGCAGUAUCAUCACACAGAUGGUUCAGGGGACACACAUAAGCGGGCUAUUUUUGCCUCAAGUCUGCUGAAAAAUGUCAUUUCCAAAAAAAUGCAGUUUGAACAGGAACGCAAAAUGGAGAGAGGGGAAAUCUCAGAUACCCAUCCUUCAGUGUCCUCUUGUAUUCAAAUCAAAGACUUGGAGGGUGGGAAGGAGAGGAGUGAGAGCAGAGGUCUGCAGGGGCGAACCUCUGAGUUAGGAUUCACCGGAAACUCCCCCACUGAUCACAGACCCAGCUCCUGUGGGCCUGCAGAGGAUUCUAAGGGUGAUAAGAAGACUACUGAUUGUUCUGUGGAGCACCAAGAAGCACCACAGGAGCCACAGAUUAGCAAGGAAGGAGAGCCUGCAUCUGUGAAAUAUUCUCAAAACACAGCAAGGGAAGACCUGGACAGCAGCAGCGUUUUAACAAAACUUCUUUUUGUUCCAAACUGCCAGCUACUUUCAAAAGACGGAAGCCUGGCAGAGGAUUUAAACCCCCACACACCUAACACAGGUGCAAAGUCAUGUGGGAAGGAGCUGCAAAAGGUAGAUGAUACAAAUACAGAGGGUAAAGAAAAAAAUGAGAGGCUGGGAAAACCACCCGAGAUUAAAAUCUGCCUUAGAAAUGUAAAAGAAACUAAAGGCUGCACACUGAAUAUUGCAAAUCUUCUUACUCCUAAAAUCAGUUAUAACGUCAAUAAAUUCAGGGCAGGAGACAACGGUAGGUGUCAUGUUUUGUCCUCAGCAGACAAGGCUCCGAGCUUCACUGUUAGAAACAUCAGGGACACAAAGUGCAAGUUUCAGACACCAAUAUAUCAUGUUAGGGAUGUGCGCAAGUUGGUGAAAAGUUCAUAUCGUUUUGUCUCUUUGGACAGAAGUGAUCAGGGAUGUUCUACAGUGGCUGAGGAGAACACCAAAGUGGAGCCAGAUAAACCAUCCCCUAUGGUGAUCAAAUGCAACUCUGUUAAAACAAACAUCAAAUCAGAGACAGGUGACACGGCCCAGGCACAGGUGGAGGCGGAUACACACUCUGAAACAUCCAGCAGAAUUCCCACAGUUGUAACAAAGCAAGGGAACCCAGAUCUAUCUGAGAUGCAGCAAAAUCCUGAGACCAAACUGGGAAAACAGAGACAGGACAGGUUCACUGGGGAGACAAAUGAGAGAAGAAAUGAUCCUGCAAUGCCAAAACAGGAUGCGCUGGAAAAGCUCAAAGCUGCAGUCAAGACCAUGGAACAGCUUUAUGUUUUCGACAGGAAUGAAUGGAAGCGGAAAACUCAAGCCUCUCAACCGGCCGCAGACAGCCAUGUGCUGCCUCUCCUCACCAAGCAGGAACAGAGACCUCCUGCUGAUCUGGAAGUAAAAAACGGUGGCAGGAUUCCUCCCUUUCUAACAACCAGCAAAGAUACACAGAAAAAACAAUCUCUCAAUAUCAUACAUGUUCCAUAUGACCAUGACACUUUUAAAACACAAUCACAGCAAAGUAAAACCUUCACCAACAAAAGUGCCCUUUAUUUUGGCAAUAAGAAAAAUGUCAGCAUUAAUUCUCAAGAUUCUGCUUUACAAACAUCUGCACUGAAAAGCUCUAAAACAUCGACGAUGAAUCGGGUGUCGGUAAAAAUGGUGGAGCAGGACAAAGAGAAAACUAAUUCCACUGAUCCUACCAAUACAAAAGGUUGCUCCGACCCUGAGAACUACCUAACCAUACCAAGAUGCACAAAUGAAACCAAGCUGCACAAUCAGAAGUGUGUGUCAAUUGAGGGGGAUUCAAGUUUUAGCAGAGAUAAUCCAGGUGAUACCAAGGUACCUGAAAAAAAGAGGUCUCCUGUAACUGUGGACUGUCCAUCUGCCACCAUCUACCAUCUUCCAACAGUAGCAACAAGUCCUCAAAAACAGCAGCAGGUGUUGUGUUUCUCCCCGUCCAUCCAGAAUAUGUCCCCCACUCAGUCUGGAGGAGAAGCAAUAACUCAAACCCAGCGCAAGAUGCUGCUGGACCCCACAACUGGACAUUAUUAUCUGGUGGACACCCCCAUACAGGCCACCAAGAGACUUUUUGACCCCGAGACGGGAAAAUAUGUGGAUGUCCCCAUGCCUCAUUCACCAGUGGCACAGGUCACACCCAUGCAUUUCCCUCUGCCCCCUCUAGCCCUCACCCCCACCUACAUGGUCUACCCAGGCUUCAUCUCUCCCACGUUGGCAGCAGAGGCGGUGAUGCCGCAGUCUCCCUGUCACUCAGAGGAUGCAGCAGGAGAAGGCAUCAAAAACAACCCAUUGAGCCAUGGUGCAGAGAAGGCAUACUACAGCGCGACAGCAGAGGCUCAGCAAAGACCUCUUCACUCACCCCUUAGUUUGGGACACGUGACCACCAAAGGAGGGACCGCAAGCUCCAACAGAAAGCCACUUAUCAGCAUAACAACGCAGCAGGGUCCAAGAAUCAUCGCUCCACCCUCAUUUGAUGGAAAAACAAUGAGCUUUGUUGUUGAACAUCGGUGACCAAAACGACUUCUCUUCAUGCAUAUGACUCUGCAGAGGAAUCUGCGUUCAAUCACCGUAAGUGGAGUUUUCAUCCCUGUGAACCUCUCUCUGGACAACUUCCACCAUCGUCGUCACCUGUUACUCUCCUCUGCUGUUUGUUCUUGUUUUCUGUACGCAUUGUAGCACUUUAUAGAUAUGAAUCGUAGAGAUACUUUCCAUUCAGGUGCUGUUUAGAUCGAACUGUAAUUAAAUGCCAUGUGUGCCCUGCAAUCUAUUCAUAAGGAAACAAGACAGUUCUGUUUAAAAUAAAGUGUAUUUUACAGCCAAUCUGUUUUAUUAAUAACUUAAGAUUAUUAUGUAUUUAAAGUGAGACUGUGUUUAAUUUGAAAGCACAAAAUAUGCUCAUAUGAAUGAAAUGUAUGUUCCUUAGAAAUCAAAAGGUAGCAUCAUUAAAAUCAGAAGAUUUGUUUCUAUAGCAUCCUGAGUCUGCUUAAUGACAGUUUAUGCUAUCUGUUAUUAUUAACAAAAUAUUGAUAUUAACAGAGGCAUCAUGUAUGUACUGUAAUGCCAACAGGAUUUAAUAUGAAGACAUGUUUGUUCUCUCAUUAUUUUACCUUAAUUGAUAUGGAAUUAUCAUUUUUUUAAUUUUAUCUAGCAGUUAUUAAAUCAAGUAGGAAAUAUAGCACACAUUAAAUAUAAAAGUUGAGGUUUUUAGCUUGCAAAUUAGCAACAUUUUUAAAUUAAUGGAUGCAACUCUAACCAUUGGAAUACUUUCAAUGUGAUCCUUAGUGUGUUCAGGAAAAUGCAUGAACAGACAUCAGUGGUAUGAUGAAGCAGUGUUGUGGGUUGAGGCGAAUUCUCCUCAUUAGUCUAUAAGUGAUGGAUUAAUGGAAAGCUAACAGUUAACUCAGACCUGUAGUGUUUGUUAGGAGAAUUAGCAGACCAGUUAAGUUUCCACAGACGUUUAACUGUGUUCUUUGGGGUUACAGGUUUGAAGAACCAGAUUUACUAGUCAACAAGUAGAUAAUUGGUUCACUGCAGUUUGUGCUGCAGCUCUGCUUCAUUCGUAUAGCUUUUAGCUUGCUUGGAAGCAUUUCAAUGUGGUGUUCCAUUUUCUCGGUCGUACUUAGUCAGUAGAAACUACUGGUGCAUCGAUAUGAUGUCUGUAUUUCUGACUUAGAAAUUAGAGGUUUCUCACAGGAACUUCAAAAUCCAACAUGGCUGCCACUUCUUGCCUAUUUGGUAAGAUGUAGUUAUAAGCUGUUUGUUUGGAAUCUAGAUUGUUUGCAUCUCAUUAAAUCAAACAAGCUAACGUUGCUGUGUAUAGGCAAAGAAUUGCCUCACUAAGUUGUUCAAACUUGAAACUUGGCAACAAUAGGGUUAGCUGUACUUUUGAGUAAACCAUCACCAUGUGUAUUUUAUAAUAUUUGCAAAAAUUAUAGCUUUUGUAUAUAAAAUUCUGAUAUAAUGCAAAAAUAGAAAGAUAAUUUAUAAGAGCUGUUUAGCUUUGAACAAACCUCCCCCCUCCUUUGUUGGCACACAUCUAUGGAUAAAUAUAAUUCUGACCUAUCAUCAAUAUCUAUCAGGCUCUUGUUCAGAUUUCUGUGGAGAUAUUCAUGUCACGCCAAAAAAAAAAAAAAGAUCACAGGGUAGGUCCGGAUGACUCUGAAGGAAUUACAUACCCUGUCCUGGAUAGGAAUGCCUCAAGGUCCUCCAAGAAAAAAAAUGAAAUAUUGCUAAAGAGAAAGAGACAUGCUCAGAUUAAUACAUGCCUCUAUAAUAUUAACAUGCUAAAGUGUAAAUUACACACAUUUAUUUACCCUUAGUGAUUAAUCAAUGAAUGGAAUGAUGACGGUGCUGUCUUCUAACAAUGGAAUUAAAAAAAGAGAAUAAAUUUGUGGUUCCAAAUGAAAGGAGAUGAUGCCAUGGGACUGUUUAAAUAUUGUAGUAUUGCAGUUAAAGAGGAUAUAAAUGCGCUAAUGGGGAUUUCCCACCUAUUUAUGGAAAGGGACCAUUUCUCUGUAAUGAAUCAUUCGUUCUAUGAUGGAUCUGGUCCAUAUCCUAUUUGAAAUAUUUACAUUUCAAAUUUGUUUAUUUCCACGUAAAUAUUCAUCAUCAAUCAUUAAACAAAACUGUUUUUCUGUCUGCCAUCACAAGAGAAACCUUUUGCUGAGGUUUGUAAAAUGCUCCAAAUGCCUACCUGAAUAAUGUAUAUAUGAAGUGUUUUAUUGUUCUUUCUUUAAUGCACAUCUCUUGUAUUUACCAGUGAGGCAGGAGUAGUAACACUAUGUAUGUUCCUCAGAUGAAAACAGAGCUGCGACUCUGAUUUAGCAGUGUGCUCAGGUCACUAUAAGUAGUGUUGGGCCUAAUGAGUCGGAGCCAGCUGAGACAUUUACAGGAUAACUUCCUCUAUUUGUCUUGGUUCAGUUUACACUUUUGUGUAAUGAGAUGUGCGUGUGCCUGUACGUGUUUGUGGCCGUUAGCUAUGCGUGGCAUUUGAGCAUUCUAUGAGCACAACUAGGAGUUGCGUUUCUUAACUGCAAACAGGAUCACCCCGAGAACACGUGUGAAGCAUAUCUUUACAAUUAACACUCACCGUAAUACCAGGUUCUAAAAGACACAGACUGAUGUGAAACCUUUACUAGAAACACUAUACCAGAAGGAUCAAUGUUUUUCGCUUGAUUUUGACUUUUUUUUUUUUAUAAAAGUAAUAAUAUAUUCUGUCCUGUUUCCAGCUGAAUAUGUAGCAGGGCUUCAUUUGCCUUUGUGCUGAUGUAUACCACCAACCCUCUGUAGAUUUGCUAUAUGCAGAAUGUUUCAAAGCGUAGCACAAAAUAAAAGGUAUUUGGAGCUGCUG